AGGAGCGGCAGCGGAGCCGGCGAGCCCCGGGCGGGCGGUGCGGGAGCAUGGCCCCGGCGGGGCGGCUGUGCUGUGCCGCGCUGCUCUGCGGCGCCCUCAGCCUCUGCAGCCUGCGGGCCGCGCCGCGCCAGCCCGACACCCUCUACUUGUGGAUCGACGCCCAGCAGGCGCGGGUGCUCAUCGGCUUCGAGGAGGAUAUUCUGAUCGUGUCCGAGGGGAAGAUGGCCCCGUUCACCCACGACUUUAGGAAAGCCCAGCAGAGGAUGCCCGCCAUCCCCGUCGGCAUCCAUGCCAUGAACUUCACUUGGCAGGCAACGGGACGGGCUGAGUACUACUAUGAAUUCCUGUCGUUGCACUCUUUGGAUAAAGGUAUAAUGGCUGAUCCAACUAUAAAUAUCCCCCUGCUUGGAACAGUUCCUCAUAAAGCAUCAGUUGUUCAGGUUGGAUUUCCUUGCCUUGGAAAACAAGAUGGGGUAGCUGCAUUUGAAGUGAACGUGAUCAUAAUGAAUUCAGAAGGCAAUAUUAUUCUCCAGACCCCUCAGAACGCCAUCUUCUUUAAAACCUGUCAACAAGCGGAAUGUCCAGGAGGAUGCAGAAAUGGAGGAGUUUGCAACGAAAGACAUGUCUGUGAAUGUCCUGAUGGAUUUUAUGGGCCUCAUUGUGAGAAAGCACUGUGUGUUCCUCGCUGCAUGAACGGCGGGCUCUGCAUCACGCCCGGCCUCUGCAUCUGCCCCCCGGGGUUCUACGGCAUCAACUGCGACAAAGCAAACUGUACAACAACCUGUUUCAAUGGAGGGACAUGUUUCUAUCUGGGAAAAUGCAUUUGUCCUUCAGGCUAUGAGGGAGACCAAUGUGAAAUUAGUAAAUGCCAUCAACCCUGUCGAAAUGGAGGCAAAUGUACUGGUAAGAACAAAUGCAAGUGCUCCAAAGGCUACCAGGGAAACCUGUGUUCAAAGCCUGUCUGUGAACCCAGUUGUGGCCUGUACGGCACCUGUGUGGAGCCCAACAAAUGCCAGUGCAAGGAAGGCUGGCACGGGAGACACUGCAAUAAAAGGUACGGAGCCAGCGGUCUGAGCGCCCUGAGGCCAGCAGGCAGCAAGCACAGGCAGCACACGCCUUCGCCAAAAAGGGCCGAGGAGAAGCAUGUCCCACCCGAAUCCAAUUAUAUCUGGUGAGCUCCAACAUCUGAAAUGGUUCGUGUUACACAAAGUUCACAGCCUUCAUUAACCUCUCAUGGAUUGAAUGUUAAAAUGCUCUUCAUUACAGUUAAGACUACCGGCUGGAAUUUUAUUAGCUUCAUUAUAAACCACAGAGCUGACACUUACUAUUCCUUUUAAGUUUUAUAAAUACUUCUGUAGCAUGAUUAUAUAGGCUUCUUCUCUCAGUGCUUUGGAUGGUGUUUUGUACUACACUUCAGUUACAGCUAAACUUCCCUUUUUUUUGGUUAUAUAGCAAAUAUUAUCCAAAAAUUAAGUAACAAUAUUCAAGGAGAAAAUCCUGUAGAUGCUAACCCUGAAUUAUUUCAAUGACUACAGAUGCAAUUUGCCUAAGACAAAAGAAAGGUGCAUUUUGCAAAUUUUUACAAAUUGUGUAUUUAGACUUUUCCCUAAGAAAAACAAAUACAUAAAUAAAUAAGUUGCCUAAUUUAAAAACUGAAUAACUCAAUUCAAUGUUAUUUUUGGCUUUACAGUUUUGUGUAUUAAAAAGAAACUGCAGUGGUACCAUUUAAACUGACAUAAUGUAUUGUAAACAAAGUAGAGCUAUAAUGUAAGAAGUUUCUGCAUCAGCUUGAAGCAAUAUAAUAUAUUGUAAACAGAACAGCUCUUAUGUAAUAAACUUUUUAUACUGAUUGUUAUGUAUAAAAUAAAGACACUGCUUUAGUUUUUUGA